CACCGAUUCCGCAACACGUUCUCUUCCGUUUUGUGAUGGCUCUACUUCCGCUGUGCCUUCUGGUCUUGGCGGUGGCGAUUUGUUGCGGCCACGCCUACGAGGCACCUGAGGCACGGGUGCGCGUGUUCUAUCCCAAGGGAUUCGAGGUCUCCAUACCGGAUGAGCCUGGCAUUUCGUUGUUUGCCUUCCACGGCAAGGUGAACGAGGAGUUUGACGGACUGGAGGCGGGACGAUGGGCCCGCGACAUCCCCAAAGCCAAGCAGGGACGCUGGAUAUUUCGGGAUCGUGAAACGAAGCUGAACUUGGGCGACACUUUGUACUUUUGGACGUAUGUGGUAUACAAUGGACUUGGUUAUCGGCAGGACGAUGGGGCAUAUGUGGUAAAUGGCUAUGAUCAGAAGACAUAGGACUCUUUAAAAAAUAUUAUUUAAAAUCGAGAUAAUAAAUUAAAAAUAAGAAAACAAAAAAUGAGUCAUUGUUUACAUUUUUGAGCACGCGAAUGAGAAGGUUCUCUGGCAAAGUGUUAUUGAUCCCAUGAUGUGGAUCAUUUUAAUCAAUUAUAUACAAUCUAAUUAAAAAUGAAGACUUCUUUUUUCGUCGACUGGAAAUAAAAAUAUGUAGAAAUAUGUAAACAAA